AAGAUGGGCAAGAUCACCUUCUACGAGGACAGAAACUUCCAGGGUCGCUCAUAUGAGUGCAUGAGUGACUGCUCAGAUAUUUACUCAUACCUGAGCCGCUGCAGCUCCUGUAGGGUGGACAGUGGUUGCUUUAUGGUCUAUGAGCGCCCUAAUUACAUGGGCAACCAGUUCUUCCUGAGGAGGGGCGAGUACCAUGACAUGCAACGUUUGAUGAGCAUGGGCAUGAUGUUUGACUCCAUCAGGUCCUGUCGCAUGAUUCCCCACCACAGAGGAUCCUACAGAAUGAGGAUCUACGAGAGGGAGAACUUUGGUGGUCAGAUGUAUGAGCUGAUGGACGACUGUGACUCCAUCAUGGACCGUUAUCGUAUGUCUGAGUGCAUGUCCUGCAAUGUGAUGGAUGGUCACUGGCUCAUGUACGAGCAGCCCCACUACAGAGGCAGGAUGUAUUACUUCAGGCCUGGAGAGUACAGGAGCUUCAGGGACAUGGGAUUCAGCAACAUGAGAUUCAUGAGUAUGAGGCGCAUCACUGACAUCUGCUAA